AUGAAGCGACCCGACGCACCUCUCCAUCGCCUCCCUCUCCCACCCGAGCUCGCUCUCGAAAUCUUUGACACCUACACCGCCAUGACCCUCCCCGGCACACCCGAGUUCCUCACGCUCCUCACCCUUUCCCGAUAUCACUAUGCCCUCAACAUUCGCAGACUUUACCGGGACCUCAAACUGAAGGAGAGUAUGGCGGAUCGGUUUGCGGAUAUGUGGAGGGGAUGGAUUUUCCAAGCGAUGCAGCUCGUGGCCGAGGCUGCUGAGCGCAGCAUGGAGCAUGUUGUGGAUGAGGACGAGAUUGUCGCUAGCCUCCUUUGCCCUAUCAAAUUCACUUCAGCAGGCUUCAACAUCAACACCCUCACAUUCCAGAACGCCAUCUGCUUCGACAAGAUCUCAGAGCUAGUCAACAUCCCCGAGUCUUGCAGGUGGUACAUGUGGGAACACCAUCCUUCCUUGGCUCCUAAUCCUAUCCGGCUCUUAUACGACGCCAAGACGGUUGUGUUUGAAGAACAGACGCUUGGAGGAGGGGAGGUGAAGAUGGGGGGUGACGCGAUGUAUGCGCGGAGCGAUGGGAAUACGCAUUAUGGGGCAGAGAGGUUGGUGAUCGUCAUGCCGUCAAGGCCUUUUCACUGUAUCUCACCUCUGGCACUAAACUGGCUUGCGGGGCUUGGCAAGAGGCUGCUGCCGCAUGUGAAGCAUGUGACGUUGGAGUAUAGGACAGCGGUGGUAGGGGAGGGAGCUACACUGUUCAAGAAGAGGCAGCAUAGGAUGGAGCAGAUUGAUCAGGUUGAGAGCAAGAUCAAGAGGUGCGUCUUGAAUGAAAGAGUCAAGAAGAAGGAUGGGCGGCUGACGAGGCAUGUCUGA